AUGCCAGUUUACAUGCUCCACGGAUUCCGAUGGCCCCGAGACGGCUUCACGGGCAUCCGAGUCUACAUCGUCCUCCACAACCUCGAAGAAGCCGCCGCCGAGUACCUCCAGCAACCGCUGACGAGCGAGCUGCUCAUCAAGUCCCUGCAGAAAACCCAGCCGGACCUGAUGCCGCGACUCCCCGAGCUGCAGUUCAUCGAGCAGUAUGACCCCGCCGACGAAACCAGCAACACUGUCAGCCAGGAUUUCGCGUAUGUUGGCGCCAAGGUCGUGACGAUCCCCGACGGUGGGGGCGCGGGCCAUGACCAGAAUAUCGAGCACGCUGUCGAGCAGGGCUCGGGCUUGUCGUCUGAUUCGACGGAGGCGCUGGAGGAAUUGCGGAAUCGGUUGGCGCCUGGGGAGAAGAUCGGGUGGUAUUUGGUUUAUAAUGGGGACCCUGAGAGAUGGUAUCCCCCCUCGGAGGAUGAGGAUGAGGAUGAGGAGGGGAGUUAUGUGGAUGAGAAGGAGGAAAGUGGUACGGAGCCUUCUACUCCGCAGAGCUAUACGGGGCAAGACACGCCUGGCGAAGUGGAUGAGGAAAAAGUGAAGCUCAAGGGUGAGGUCCAUCGCCUCGUCGCCCCCCGGGACCAGAAAUACCAGUCGAAUUUUGUCGAGUUCCGUCGGAGCACCAAGGUCGUGUACCGCCGGUACGCGGGCCUCUUCUUUUGUGUCUGCGUCGACGCCAAUGACAACGAGCUGGCCUACCUCGAGGCCAUUCAUUUCUUCGUCGAAGUGCUGGACCAGUUCUUUGGGAAUGUGUGCGAGCUGGACUUGGUGUUUAAUUUCUACAAGGUCUACGCGAUCCUCGACGAGGUCUUUCUCGCGGGCGAGAUCGAAGAGACGAGCAAGCAGGUCGUGCUCACCCGGCUCGAGCACCUGGACAAGCUAGAAUAA